AUGGUUUUUUUUGCGUGUAAAGUAUUUUCGUGCGUAAAGACUGAUGCGUAUCAAGUGGUAGCACGAAUUGUCUCUAGGUAUCGAAAAUGGGACCUUGGAAAUGGCGUUGUUCUUGUGUGCCGCUGCGAACAUGACGGCAUUAUGCUGGGACCGAACGGAGAAAAGCAGUUCUUGACUAUCAAAGCUUUCAAUGAGUGGGACUCGCGGUUCUCGGGAGGCAUCGAAUGGCGAACGAAGAUCGACGUUCAGCGUGGAGCAGUGUUAGCCACUGAGCUGAAAAAUAAUAGCUGUAAGCUGUCCAAAUGGACUGUUCAGGCUAUAUUGGCUUGCUCUGACUACAUCAAGUUUGGGUACUCUUUCUCUGAUAUUAUUCAUUUGAUUCUGUCAUCAUAUGAUAAAGUUCACAGGCAUGUAUGAAC